AUGACAGACCAACAAAGUGGCCGGAUCAGCUCUUAUUUCAGUGCUUCAAAGCCCAUUAUCCCUCGAAAAAGACCUUCUGAUUCCUCUCCGCUUCACCGCCACCGAAUCAAGAAUGCUUGUGAUGCUGGUUUGGAUUCUGUUCCGAAGAGAGUUCCUCUUGCGGAGGUGCCACUGAACAGGUUCAAUGCGAUUGGGAAUUACCAUAGUCCAUCAUCUGAGGCAAUUCACAGCAGUUUCAAUGAAAGGACCGUGUCUGUUUCUGCAAUUGGUUCCGCGAAUGAGAAUCUGUGUCAAUCUCUUUCUGAAACUCCAAGGAGAGAACCUGAAGGCUCUAAACCUAAAGAGGUUGAUUAUUUUGCAGCGACUGGCCUUCUUGAUGACGAUUUUGAUGACUCUAUUUUGGAGCAGAUUGACAUUUUGGUUGAGCAGAAAUCUGCAGAGAAAGCAGCAGAGCAGCAGUUAGAUCAUAGGUGUGACGAGAAAUUUUUGAGCGAGAGCAAUAUUGCUGGCGAGGUUAGUCUGAGUUCAGGAUGCAAUAUUAUUUCUGUGGGUUUAGGAAAUGAUUACCUGCUUAAUUCUGGGGUUGAGCUACUUACUAAAGAAGAGGAACUGGGGACAAACACGCAAGGUUUACUGAAUAGCAAUAGCAGCAUGCCUGAAGACUAUUUGAAAUACUUGCACUCCCUAAAUGACAGGCAAAGAGAAGCAGCUUGCACUGAUAUUUCGACCCCUUUAAUGAUUGUAGCUGGUCCAGGAAGUGGAAAGACAUCCACAAUGGUAGGGCGUGUGUUGAUGCUCCUCAAUGAGGGCAUCAGUCCAUCAAACAUUCUGGCUAUGACAUUUACAACAUCAGCUGCUUCUGAAAUGAGAGAACGUAUAGGAGCUAUAGCUGGGAAGACAACGGCUAAAGAACUUACUAUUAGCACUUUUCAUUCAUUUUCCUUGCAACUUUGUCGUUCACAUGGAGAAAAGUUAGGUCGUACAUCUGAAUUCUUUAUAUAUGGACAGGGGCAGCAGCGAAAUGCAAUUAUUGAGGCCAUCAGAUUGUUAGAAAAUGAUAAGAGUGGAAAUAAAGAUGGUGCAGUAUUAAUGGGUGAUUUGCCCAAUAGUGAAAAGAAUCCUAAACAGUUCAAGGAUAAGGCAAAGAAAUGGCAAAAGUUUGUGACUCAGGCCAAAGCUUCGGGAAGAACUUCUGCCGAAUAUCGUGCAAUGGGCAAUGAAACCGGAGCAGAAAUUCUUGAGAAUUACAACAAAAUAUUAAAAUCUUGUAAUGCUCUGGAUUAUCAUGACUUGAUCAGCUGUUCUGUGAUGCUACUCGGUGAUUUUCCUGAAGUUUUCAAAGAAUGUCAGGAUUCAUGGAAAGCUAUUGUUAUUGAUGAAUUCCAAGAUACUAGUGUCAUGCAAUACAAUUUCAACGGAGCUGACAUUUCCGGAUUUAUGUCCUUUCGCAAUGAUUUUCCAAACUACAAAGAGAUUAGGCUUAACAAAAACUAUCGGUCCACACGUUGCAUUGUUGAGGCUGCAUCUUCUCUCAUUCAAAAUAAUUCCAAGCGGUGUCAGCUGAAGAAUGUUCUUACUGAUAACUCUUCUGGUUCCAAGAUAGUUAUGAAGGAAUGUCACAAUGAGGAUGCACAAUGCGCAUUUAUUGUUGACAAAAUCAUAGAAAUUUCAUCAAAUCACUCAGCAGCUAACUGUUGUUAUGGCAACAUUGCAAUUCUCUACCGUAGGCAGGCAUCAGGGAAAGCCUUCCAAAUGGCGUUCCGUGAUAGAAAAAUACCAUUUAACAUUCAUGGUGUGGCUUUUUACAGAAAAAAGAAGAAAUCUGAUUCCCAGUCAGCAUCUGAAAAGGUAGGCAGAGAGAAAGGUAGAGACCGGUGUUCAAAACUCUUCAAAAACUGA